AUGGAUAACUUAUACAUGAAAGGUGAACUGUUACAAGUUCACACGAAGAAUUCCGAAGUUAUUGAAGGCAGGUUUUACAGCAUGAACAGUGACAAAUCCAAAAUUUCUCUCUACAACAUAAAAGAAGAUGAAGGGAUCAAAUGUGAAGGGGUGUGUCAUUACUACAACUCAGAAAUCAGAGACAUAGUCAAACUGAAGGAAGAUGAUCAGCCAAAACAUCUGAAAAUCUCACAGAAAGAAUGCGAAGAUAUAAUAAAGGUUGCAAAGAAGUAUAUUUACAUAAACCAAGUCGACAAUAGUUUCCAUGAGGCUAUGGAUGACUUGCUGUCAUACGAUUAUAUUGGACUCAGCACUGACGGUGCAAACAUGGGACGCAAAUGCAAAAUGCCUUUUGUGGUGUUGUCAACUCCACAACAAAUCUACAUAUUUGACACACAAGUGAUGCAGUAUCACGCGUUUGAUGCCGGAUUAAAAAAAUUGCUUGAAGGCAAGAGUCCUAAAAAGAUUGUUCAUGAUUGCAGAAAGAUAUCAGAUAGUUUGUAUCAUAAGCACAAUGUGAAACUGAAUUCUGUAUUUGACACUCAGGUGGGAGACUUGAUUAUAUCAAAAAAUAAGAAUGGCUGCUUGCCAAAUACAGUGAAAUCAUUAUCAGAAUGUUUGACUACUUACCUUGGUCUCCAGCCUAGUAUCAUUGAAGAGAAGCUUGACAUAGUGCAAUGCACUGAGCGGCCACUCUCUGUGAAGAUCAAGGAAACUCUUGCAAAGAAUAUAUCAUAUUUGCAUCGUCUCUCUGAAAUGAUUAAUGAUGAAAUGGCUCUCCCAUUCAUCAGAGGGGUUGAAUGCUUCGUAGAAAACCUACGUUCCUCUGACGAUUUUAAAGCAUGGGAGCUUUGUGGAAAACAUAAUCAAGUACCAAAAGAUUUCAAAAGCGCUAUUGAAUAUUAAUUUAUUUUGUGUAAGACAUUCCGUGGAAUAAAAUGUAAUGUAGAAUUAGUUUUAUUUUCAUUUUGCUCCUUUUUUUCUACCGCUUUUUCAAAGUAGUAACUUCAGUAGAUUUAAACUGUUUGAUGCAAGUAAAUUGUGUGAUUCAAGCUUGUAGUUUUAAGAAUGCUAUACAUUGCAAGCUCUUGUGGCAAUUACUGGAGGCUCUGGAUCAUCUACGCAAUGGGAAGGACUACUUAGUGGCAAAAUGGAAACAUUGUUAAUGCACAAGUUUGUCCACACAAUGGCUCUUGAUGACUUUGAAUCUUGUGAGAUUUAUUUGUAACAAUUCAAAGAUAAUAUGAAUUAAAGGUAACAAUCAUCACUUUGUUGUCAGUAGUAGUCUUGGACUUGUGCAGAUUACGCGUUGCUCAUUGUGUAGAGGAACUAUUUCAAGGAAGAAGAGCGUAAUAAAGUCACGUGACCCUUAUACUUACAAUCGGGCGCCCUUUUAGCCCUUCCACAUUGCACAAUUUUUCUUUUUUCACUAAUAAGUUUAAACAUUUCUAGUAUCUAAUGUGCUUGACAUUGUGUGUAAGAUAAGGUAAGAUAAGAUAAUCAAUUGUCCAAAUAUAAUCCAUUAAAAAUUAACUUUUGGAUAGGAUAAUGUUUGUUACAUAAUCAUCACAUAAUUUUGACGAAGGAUCAUACAUAUUUAGAUAAGAGAUAUUUAACAUGGGCGAGGUAGCGAUGUAAGAUGUUGGCAUAAUGUUAUUCAUAAAAUAAUCAACACAAAACUUAAAAUGUACUUAUUAUGCUUGUGUUAUAUCUGUGAUCAGCCAGUGCAAAUAUUAUGUAUUUUUGUAUAAGUUUGAUAAAAUUCGUAACAGUAUUAUAAUAUGAAACAAAGCUUUGUAUUAGAGAAGUAGGGUUUAUUGCAAAAAAUAAUCAAUUGAUACAUUUCAUACCUUUCUACUUAAUGUAAUUUUUAAGGAACCCAUUAUAGUAAUUUAGUAAGGCAUGUUGGUACAAUGUAACCAAAAUAAAAGAUGGAUAUAUUUUUGUGAGAUGGUUUACAAAUGGUAUGAAGAUUUUUAACUUUUCACAUAAAUAUAACAAUAGCUGAAAGCUUUUGUGAAGUUAGGACGCCUUGCUAUUCAUAAUAAAUCACAUUCUGCGCUUAA